AACCAACCCUCCAAAACUCCACACUGCUGAGUUCCUCUCCGUCUUUUAACCUGGAAAAUACCCAUUUUCUGAAAGGCGGAGGACAUUAACAACAUAAAUAAUUUUGGGAGACGAACUCGUAAAAUCAAGGAAUCUAAAUCGUCUUUAUUGGAAGGACUUAGCUGCUGAGAACCUCGCCGACUGGAGCCCAUUUUUUCCGAGGGCAUUAUUUUUCUUCUUUUUUUUUGUUUUAAAGCUCAAUUCCCAGAAUGAACCAGAGCCUUGGCCGACCGCAACCGCAACCCCUGCAAAACGUGGAGGUGAAAAGCAAGUAUGGGGCAGAAUUUCGCCGCUUCUCAGUGGACCGGCUCAAGCCCGGAAAGUUUGAGGAGUUCUACAAGCUCAUCCUUCACGUCCAUCGCAUUGCCAACAUGGAAGUGAUGAUCGGGUAUGCCGACGUCCACGGUGACCUGCUGCCCAUCAACAACGACGACAACUUCUGCAAGGCUGUGUCGACUGCACACCCCCUGCUUAGGGUUUUCAUCCAGAGACAAGCCAUCCUGCUCUAAACACACAGAUUGCCU